UUCCACCUCUCCGGCCCCGGCAGGACGGGGGCGGCCGCCGCGGGCCCGGGGCGCGGACAGCACGCAGCCUUGCCGCGCACACCCCCGCCCGGCAGCGGCCCCGACUCCCGGGCCGAGCGGGAAGGCGGCGGCGGCGGGGGAAGGAUGCAGGGGAAGAAGCCGGGCGGCUCGUCGGGCGGCGGCCGGAGCGGCGAGCUGCAGGGGGACGAGGCGCAGCGGAACAAGAAGAAGAAAAAGAAGGUGUCCUGCUUCUCCAACAUCAAGAUCUUCCUGGUGUCCGAGUGCGCCCUGAUGCUGGCGCAGGGCACGGUGGGCGCCUACCUGGUGAGCGUCCUGACCACCCUGGAGCGGAGGUUCAAUCUGCAGAGCGCCGACGUGGGCGUGAUCGCCAGCAGCUUCGAGAUCGGGAACCUGGCGCUCAUCCUCUUCGUGAGCUACUUUGGGGCGCGCGGGCACCGGCCGCGCCUCAUCGGCUGCGGCGGCAUCGUCAUGGCCUUGGGCGCCCUGCUGUCGGCGCUGCCCGAGUUCCUGACCCACCAGUACAAGUACGAGGCAGGCGAGAUCCGCUGGGGCGCCGAGGGCCGCGACGUCUGCGCCGCCAACGGCUCGGGCAGCGACCAGGGUCCCGACCCCGACCUCAUCUGCCGCAGCCGGACCGCCACCAACAUGAUGUACUUGCUGCUCAUUGGGGCCCAGGUGCUCCUGGGCAUCGGUGCUACCCCUGUGCAGCCCCUGGGCGUCUCCUACAUCGACGACCACGUGCGGAGGAAGGACUCCUCGCUCUACAUAGGAAUUCUGUUCACCAUGCUGGUAUUUGGACCAGCCUGCGGAUUUAUCCUGGGCUCUUUCUGUACCAAAAUCUAUGUGGAUGCAGUCUUCAUUGACACAAGUAACCUGGACAUCACUCCGGACGACCCCCGCUGGAUCGGAGCCUGGUGGGGCGGCUUCCUGCUCUGUGGUGCCUUACUCUUCUUCUCUUCCCUCUUGAUGUUCGGGUUUCCACAGUCUCUGCCCCCGCACGCAGACCCCGCCAUGGAGAGCGAGCAGGCCAUGCUCCCCGAAAGAGAAUACGAGAGACCCAAGCCCAGCAACGGGGUCCUGAGGCACCCCCUGGAGCCGGACAGCAGUGCCUCCUGCUUCCAGCAGCUGAGAGUGAUCCCACAGGUCACCAAGCACCUGCUGUCCAACCCUGUGUUCACCUGCAUCGUCCUGGCCGCCUGCAUGGAGAUCGCAGUGGUGGCCGGCUUCGCUGCCUUCUUGGGGAAGUACUUGGAGCAGCAGUUCAACCUCACCACCUCCUCUGCCAACCAGCUGCUCGGGAUGACUGCGAUCCCAUGUGCCUGUCUGGGAAUUUUCCUGGGUGGUCUCCUGGUGAAGAAGCUCAGCCUGUCUGCCCUCGGGGCCAUCCGCAUGGCCAUGCUCGUCAACCUGGUGUCCACAGCUUGCUACGUCUCCUUCCUCUUCCUGGGCUGUGACACGGGCCCCGUGGCUGGGGUUACUGUCCCCUAUGGAAACACCUCAGCACCUGGCUCGGCCCUGGACCCCUACUCGCCCUGCAAUAAAGACUGUGAAUGCCAAACCGAUUCCUUCACUCCGGUGUGUGGGGCAGACGGCGUCACCUACCUGUCGGCCUGCUUCGCCGGCUGCAACAGCACGAAUCUCACCGGCUGCGCAUGCCUCAUGACUGUCCCACCUGAGAACGCAACCGUGGUUCCUGGAAAAUGCCCCAGUCCCGGGUGCCAAGAGGCCUUCCUGACCUUUCUGUGUGUGAUGUGUGUCUGCAGCAUGAUUGGGGCCAUGGCUCAGACGCCCUCGGUCAUCAUCCUGAUCAGGACAGUCAGCCCUGAACUCAAGUCUUACGCCCUGGGAGUUCUCUUUCUCCUCCUCCGUUUGUUGGGCUUCAUCCCCCCACCCCUCAUCUUUGGGGCCGGCAUCGACUCCACCUGCCUUUUCUGGAGCACCUUCUGUGGGGAGCAAGGCGCCUGCGUCCUGUACGACAACGUGGCCUAUAGGUACCUGUACGUCAGCAUCGCCAUCGCGCUCAAGUCCUUCGCCUUCGUCCUGUACACCACCACGUGGCAGUGUCUGCGGAAAAACUAUAAGCGCUACAUCAAAAACCACGAGGGCGGACUGAGCACCAGUGAGUUCUUUGCCUCUACUCUGACCCUAGACAACCUGGGGAGGGACCCUGUGCCCGCAAAACAGACACAUAGGACAAAAUUUAUCUAUAACCUGGAAGAUCAUGAGUGGUGUGAAAACAUGGAGUCCGUUUUAUAGUGACUAAAGGCAGGGUGAACUCUGUAUUAGUAAUCAAAGGGUCAUUUUUCCUACAAAAAGAAAAAAAAAGGUUUCCCAAAAAAAAAAAUCGAUACACAUGUAAACGCAUACACACACACACACACACACACACACACACACACACACACAUGACCUUUGUCCCUUUUCCUCAAAAUCAGAGCCAGACAGAAUUCAGAAUAAGCGCAUGGGACCAUGUGUUUGAUGUGCAGCCCACUGGGGCUUGUCUACUCUUUGAAGGCACCUCAUGGUUUUUCAGGAUGCCGACAGCUGCAAGCAACAGGCACUGCCAAAUUCAGGGAACAGUGGUGGCCAGCUUGGAGGACGGACAUUUCUGGAUAUACAUACACAUACAAAACUAAACAAAAAAAUUUUUUUAAGUCUACUAAAAAAGCCCAAGUUGACGACAUUGCCAGAAUAAGCACUAGUGACACACCCCGUGCCACCCUCCCGCCUCCACGCGGGGGUGGGGCCGGGCACAGGUCAGAGGGGCGGAAGCCCGUGCCUCUCUCUAACUCUCGCAAUAUGGGUCACUGUGUAGACGACUCACCCGGUCUGCAUGUGGUUCCAGGCCCCAGAGUUCUCAGCGAUGCUAACGGGUGAUGUGUGCUGGAGUCUGUAAUUGGCGCCUCUCACCAGCUCCAUUCUCAUGUUCAAGACUGAGGGCCCAAGGGGGGAGCUGGGCGUGGGGGGCCAGCACCUCUCCUCCCCCCACAGCGCCUCCCAGUGGUGGGCACCGCCUCCCCCCAGCCCCGCAGAGUGACCUCAGGAAGCCGUGGGCCUUGUCUGGCUAUGACUGACUUCGCUCAGAGCCGGCGAAACCCAACCUAGUCCAAGUCAUUUGCUUACAUUUGCCAAACAUUUUGCCAUUUUUAAAAAAAAAAAAACAAAAAAAACCACAAUGCAUAUGAAUUUCAAACUGUUGUAUGUAUAAUCCUCGGAUACUAUUUUUAACGACUUCUAAACUCUGUGUUAACCCUUCAGUAACUAACACAGUUCUCUAGGCUGAAUUUAUUAUGCUGGUUGCUUUGACUCUUCUCCUUUUUUUAAUGCACCAAAAAUAUAAUGUGAUUCAAGGGAUGCAAUUAACCUAUUGUAAUUUUUUUAUCAUUUUAUCCUCAUUCGGAUAGUCUGCAAAAACAAUAUAGAUCGUGUUACAAAAUAGAAAAAAACAUGCUUGAAAAAGAGGGUGUCAUGCACCCUGCCUUUCAAAGAAUCACAUUUGAGACAACAGGGGAUAAUGUGAUGAAUUGCAAAUUUGUCUUCUCGCUUUAUUCCCUGUGAUUCAGUGAUCGCUGUCAUGGGAAGGAAGCCCUUUUAUAUUCAUGCUUCACCUUCCAAGAGGCGUUCUUUCCAGCCUGUGGAGGAGGCGCCCUUAGAUGUGGGCUGUAUGUCUGGGUGCAGUGCUUCUGGGGAUGGGAAAGAGAAAGACCGGAUCCCCGGCCCAAGCUGUUGAGCCCUCUGUGGUGUCGGUGAAAAUGAAUAGAGCCACGAGCUCCUGGAAGCUACUGCAUGGCCAGUGCAUGAAAAUGUCAGUAAUGCUUUCAGAGUCAGUCUGGAACGAAGAGGCCUUUGUCUGUGUGCGUUUUGAAAGUGACUGAAUCUCACGGCAGGUAGAGAGCUAACCUGUCGUUGCUCGGGGCAGCAAUGGUGGGGAAACGUCUUGCAGUCAGCAGACUCAGGCUUCGAAGGCCAUUGCCGUAAGGGGACAGAGUUUAUGUGAGAGCCGCGCACACGCACACACAAAGGGCCUGUUAACUUACCUUUCCUGCCUCUUCGUUCCUCGCCCCGUGAAGGGCUCCAGCGUUGUUUGGUUGGUCAGUCUGCUUUUCCUCCUACAACACAUAUUUGCAGUUCAACCAGAGGCCAACAAAAGAAUCAGGAAAGAAAAGAGUGGGUAGGGAGUAAGGGUGUUGUGCCAAAUUUUUAACAAACACUGGAAGUGGGGCGGUUUGAGUGACAGUCCAAAACUAGAGGAUGCACAGCCGAGCAAGGACCCCCAAAAGCAUCUCUUGUCAUGGUGCGGGGCCCCCGGGAUCCGCUGCUUGGGACACGACCCUUCUGAAGCAGCCCUUCUGUUUAGUUUGAGUCUGUCCUUGUUCAUGAAAAUGGGGACAGUCAUCAAUAUGGUAACUAGUAAAAGGUGGUGGGAUUGUUCUCCAGUUCAUAAAAAUGUGUACGCUGUGUUGCUCUUAAGGCUUUGAUGCCGUUCUAUACAGGUUUGGGUCAGCGUUGUUUUGAAAAUGUAUUGUUAAUAGGUCAUUGCCCUCUUAAUACAUCAUUGUGUAGCUCUCCAAACUGCACACCGACUGAGGCCCCAGGACCCUGUGUUUCAUGGCGCUAUUUGUUUUUUUUUAAAAAAAAAAAACAACCUUUUAAAAAAAUAUAUUUCAAAAAUUCUUUGCA